AUGAAUUUAGAGGUUCAUAAGUUUGUCGCACUGUACGUAAUCAUUACAGAGCAAAACAGAGACAUCUACCGGCCGUGCCCCUACUACGACCUCCUCUGCAUCCGUCGGUAUCUCUCCAAGCACUCCAACUGCAAGAUCGCUCAAGGCCCGGUCCCUGACCCCCUGUACCGAGCCCAGUCCAACUUGUUCUUGCCGACUGUCAACAUCACCUUGACAAUGAAUGGAUUAAGCAUUGGUGGGCUGAAUGGAGUUGUAAGAGAGUUUUACGUUAACAGAAAAGACCAUCUAACAAUUUUGGCUGUAGAAUUCAGUAACGUGACUUUGAGGUCGGAUACCGCUGUGUUUCAGUACCACAGAAGGGGUCAGGAACCUAUUAUUACUAAUUCCAGCACCAAUGAAUUGUUUCCAUCGUUUACAACGACAACAGUGUUCCGUGGAGUAGACCACUUAGACCUGGCGAACAGUGAGACCACGACAUUCCUGAACGUACAACCCGUGGUCGGUGUAGACCCUAGUGCUGGUGAAUCUUCUGGUAAAUUUUCAGAUCCUACAAUACCAGCUAGGUUUGCCUUCUUUCUGGCUAACAUCAAUGUGGUUGCUCAAGAGGCUUUUCUAACAGCUGGAGUCUUCUACGGUGCUACUUAUAUUCAAUAUGAUAUCUGCGAUUUUGGACUUCGGCUUAAUUGA